AUGAAGUCUUCUAAAAAGAGUGAGACUAUUGUCAUUGAUGCAGAAGGAAAUCAUAUAAACUUAAUUGAGAAAUACAAGCAUGUUGUUCCUGGGUUUAGCAAGAUUCUCUCCUUGGAAGCCCCAUUGGGAUGCGGAUUAGGAACAAGUGCUGCCAUAUCUCUUCUAUUAUCAUAUGGUAAGACCCGUAACACAGACAUAUUAAAGGAAGCUCUUGAAAUAGAAAACGUAUUCCAUGGAAAGGCAUCUGGCGUUGAUGUAAUGGCUUGCUAUACUGGAGGCCUGAUCUCUUUUAAGAAAGGUACUGUGCAAAAGCUUCCUGCUCACCAUCUCUCUCGGUUUAAAAUACUCAUCUUCAACGCCAAAAUACCUAAGAACACAGAGAUAGCCAUUAGGUUAGGGAAACGCAAGAAAGAAUUGUAUGACGAAAUAGGGAAGGUUUCAGAAGAAGCAUACAAGCUUCUGCAAAGGGAGUUCACAUUGCAGGAGUUGUACAAGCUUAUAAGAAGGAAUCAAGACUUACUGGACGAGCUAGGGGUCUGUCCCGAAGAAAUGAAAGAUGUAGUGGACAAAAUGAGGGAGAUUGGUGUUGAGGCAAAGAUAACAGGGGCUGGGUGUGGAGGACAUCUUGUAACAGUAGUAAAAAAAGAGCAGGAGAUCCCUGGAUGGAGAUCUGUGUCGAUUGAUCUGGAGGGAUUCCAUGCUUUUGGCACUGGAUUCCAAUGA